ACAUUUGCUAUUUUCUCUACUGUUAUUACAAUGGCAGUAAGAUACACAUACGUACUUACACUUACGUACCUAUUUAGAAUUCAGUUUUGUAUUUUCAUCUAAGUGUACCGAUUUAUUCAAUUAAACUGACCAAAAUAGUUACAAAAAUUCGGUCGUUUAAAAAAAGUCUAACACACGCAACGGUUCUGUAAAAUUUGUAUCUUGACAGUCAGACAAACCGACAGACGGUGUGAAGGAUCACAUACCAUGGAAUUAUUAGGAACUACGCUGUGCGAAGUACAUACUAAAUCCAUGUCACACACGUCGUUGUGCGUCAAACCGUCUGUCGGUUUAUCUGGGUUCCGUAGUUCAUAAGAUUUGAAGGCCAGAAAGCAGGUCAACUUUGACCAAAUGAAGGCGUUGAUAGAUUUUCUGAAAGAGCAUCCAGACUUGGCUAAAGGGCUAGCGAGGGGUCGUAGAGGGAAGAUGCAAUCCCUUAAGCUUUGGAAUCAAUGUGCUAAGAAGCUCAACCUCAUCAAAGAUGGCGCGGAAAAGGAUAGGAAAGGGUGGUCGAAGUACUGGUGUGAUUGGAAGUAUCGUGUCAGGAGACGCUCUCUGGAGCUGAAGGUAGCUGAGGACGGCAACAGAACCCCACCCGACGGUGUCAGCCCCUUGUCUCCGCUGGAAGAAGAUAUACUUACCAUUAUCGGAGAAACUGUUGAAGGAAUCAUGAUCAAGUGCGAUCCUUUGGGAAAUGGAGAUACAGAUGAUGAAGCAGCAAGUGACGUCAAUACAUCGUGCAAAGUUGCAACUACGAGAAAGCGGAAACGCAGGCAUUCUUCAAUGGAAAAUAUUGAAAUAGAGAAAAGAGACAACAACAGUUCUUCUGUAAAGAAGCGUACGAUCAAAAAUGAAGACGACGACAGUGAUACAGAUACUGAUGAUAACGAUGCAGACGAAGCAAAGAAGUUUAUACGGCUGGAAGAAGAGAAACUUUAUAACCUAAGAAAAAUUGCUAAGUCUGUGCAAAUGAUGGCCUCAACGUUAAGGGAGUUGGUCGAUGACUUCAAGUCUCAUAUUAGAAAUCAUUCUUCUUCUACUUAGCGAGUAGACUCGACGAAUCAUAUAUGUGAAUACCGAUACAGCUGUAUCGGUGUUAGAUAUAAUUUAGACAAUAUAAUUAGAUUAGACAAAGUAAGUAACUAGGAAUUUUAUUUUUAAUUUUUUUUAGAUAAAUAAAUAAAUUGAAGAUGAAAUUUUGUUUGUUUGUCAGGCAGAUCACAAAAGAGAUUUCUUCCA